AUGUAUAAUAAUUCAAGAGAUCCUCCUAAUAAAAUUCUUCUUCUUAUUCUAAAUUCAUUGCCUUCUUCUUUUACAUUGAACAAUUAAUUCAUACACGAAAAAUUCAAUCAGUUUGGAGAUAUCAAUAAGAUUCUCAUUUUUGAAAAAGGAAAAACCACCAAAGCCUUUGUUGAAUUUCAUGAAUUGAAAAGUGCAAUUUAAGCUAAAAAGUAAUUGAAUGGUUGCAAUAUUUAAGGAGGAAAGUAAUGUCUCUUUUGUUAUAGUUUUAGAAUGAAUAUUCAUUUUUCUCGACUUAAAAAUCUUAAUCUCGAAAUAGUGGAUAAUUCAAGAGGAACAGAUUAUACAUAGGCUAGUAGCAAUAGUUAGAAUUCUGAUUCUAUGCUUAACUCAAGAACAGAGGAGAUUAUUUAGUUUGAUUUAACCAAUCAUAUUAGUUCAACUUAGUCACCCAGAGCAAAUUCCAGUCCAAUCAGAAACGAACAAAUCAAUCGUCUAUUAGAAUCAUCAGAUGGUGAAGAUGAUCUGAAAAUCUGGAAAUAAACUAUCCCUUUGGACAUCGAAGAAUUUCAUCCAGAGAUAUAAAAAUUACUUCAACAGAGAUAGUCAAGAUUAAUCAAAAUAUUAAAUUUUGAUUCAAAAAUCACCGCCAAGAUGAUUUACAAUGUCUUUUCUAAGUUUGGAAAUUUAGAAGAAAUCUUAUAUGAAAAAUCAUCUUCCAGAGCCUACAUUAAAUAUUAAUCAGUAAAUUAGGCAAUAAUCGCAAAGGAAUAUCUCAAUAAUAUUUAAUUUUUCGACUCCUAAGUAAGUUAAACAUAUCAUAAAUUAGAUACGAAUAUAUUUUGAACCUCUCCAAUCCCUAUAACCCACUUCUUUUUAGGAUGAGUAUAUGAUCUAUUAUCCUGAAAGUCAACCAUACAAUAAUACCCCACUCUCUCCAAAUCUCCUAAUCACAGACGUAUAAGAUCCCUCUGAAAUCUCUGAUUAAAUCUAAAUGUUUGUCAAAGCCAAAGGUAUUAUCAUCUCUUUAUAAUUUAAUAGAAAUUAAAUAUGGAGUAAAUAGUAUUCAUUUGACCUUAUUUUCUAAUGCAGAUGCACUUAAAAUUAUUGCUGUGUUUUCAGAUUAUGAAUUCUAAAAUUAAAAAAUGAAUAUCAUUCUCAAAAAAUGA